AUGAAAGUACUUUAAAAUUUUUAAAAUAUAGAUCUGUUCGGUACUCAAAUAGGAAUCCAGUAUAAUAAGAGACAUAGUUUUAAUACAAAGCUUGGAGGAUUCAUCACAUUUGGUCUAAGUGCCAUUCUCAUUUUGUAUAUAGCGAAUAUAGUUUAAGUCUAUUUUUCACAUUCUUAAGUAUCAGUGAUUCAAGAAAUCCAAAAUAUUCCUAACUCUAAACAGUUUAACCUAAGCGCAAAUAAUUUUUCCUUUAUGGUUGGAGUCACUGAUGUGUACUAUAAUUAGUUUAUCGAUGAUUCUGUUUACACCUUGACCGUCAAGUAAAACAUUCAAUAAAAACUGCUAAAUUAAACAACUGGAAAGUAUUAUACAUAGUAAAAAACUAAUAAUCUUAAGCUUUAAAGAUGUACAGAAAAUCAUUUUUAAAUUUAAUCAACUUAAGAUUUCUUUUUGCAAUAAGACUAUACAAAUUUCUUUUGCUUAUCUCUAGAUGAGUAAUUAUAGUUGUAAGGCAUUUAUAACUCAGAAAUUUUUAAGCAAAUUGAGAUAGAAGUUCGUUCAUGUUCAGGAAAUAAUUGUGCAGACCCAACCUAUAUUAGUAAAAAGCUAAAUAAUUGUUACUUUUAAGUCUAUUUUAUAAAUAAAAAUGUGAAAACAACUGAUCUAAAUAACCCUUUUGAUCCUAUAGGUAGGUCUGUAUUCUAUAUUGCUGGAACUGGUUUUUCGAAGACAAUCAAUUUAUAUUUUGCCCAAAAUAUUAUAUCUACUGAUACAGGAAUAGUUAUGGAAGACACUCAAGAAUAAACUGAUUUAACCUUUAGCUCAGAUAGAGAAUAAGUUGUUUCUUAAAAUGGUAACAGACUGUUUUUGCUACAGAUGUCUCUAGAUCCAAAUAAAUAAAUUAAGUACACUAGAAAAUACUUAACCAUUUCUUAAGGGUUGUCAUAGAUAGGUGGUAUCUACAAUAUUUUGUUUGCUAUUGGAUGUUUUAUAUGCAUGCCAUAUGCUUAACUAUAAUAUAAGCGCAAUCUAAUGAAUAAAGUGUUUGGCUUCGAGUAUUCUGACUUUGAAUAAUAAAAACAAUAAAACAAGGAAGAAGGAGAAAACAAUAAGAACAAUAAAGAUGUUUUAGAAACGCUAGAGUAAAGAGGUAUAUAUACUAAUUAUGAAAAGGAUUCGAUUUAAGUUGGUAUAAAGGAUAAGGUAUAACAAUUAACGGACUUAGAAGAGUAACAUACAAAUCAGAAUGAAUAAAAAACAAUGUAAAAUUCUGCAAGGAAUAGACAAAAAUCAUUAAAUUUCACAGAAAAAUAUGCCAGACUUAGUAUAAAUUAAAAAUAGAAAGAAAAUGAUAAAGAUUUGAAAAGAUUCUUUAAAUAAACAUUUGAAUAGUUGAGAAUUAAGUCUUGUGAUUACUUUGGCUACUAUUUAUCUUUUUUCACAUGCAGAAGAUAAAAGAGAUCUGAAGUUAUUGAUUAUGGAUUACAAAAACUGUAUAAUCAUCUUGACAUUGUCUACAUUCUCAAUAAAUUGAUAGAGUUCGAAAAACUAAAAAAACUUUUAUUAAAUGAGAAUCAAUUGAGAUUAUUCGAUUAUAUUCCUAAGCCUAUCAUCAAAGUAAACAAAAAUACAAAUCAAAUAAUUUAGACUGACUAGAAUGAUUCUAGCAAUGCAGGAAUAUUUUACGAAGAUAAAAGGACUUUGAUAUAAAAAGCAGAAGAUGCCCAAGAAGCUUAUAAUAAUAUCAUUAAUUAGAGCUAGUAGAAUACAGAACUCAAUCAAAAGUUGAUUAAUCUCCUUCACCCUAAAUUAAUUGAAUUAUUUAAGUUACAAUCUUUUGAUAGAUCUGAUUUUUUAAAGGAUAAAUCACCUUAUUCUAGAUUUAAAAAAAGUUAGUUUAUGAUAACAAGCUACGAUACUGAUAGGAAUUUUUUCCAUUCUACUCAAAGAUGUAAAAAUGAAUAUUCGUAGGUUUUAAAUACACUCUAACCUGGACGAGCUUAAAUAAAAGACAUUUAAACAAUAACACCUUGCUAGCAAGAUACUAAUGAUUUGAAUGGUGAUAACGAGUAUGAAAUUUACUAAAUACCAGUUAUAGAUACCUACAGUAAGUACCUUAGAAAUUAAGAAAAAAUGAUUUAGAAUAAAAGAACAUUAAAUUUAAAUGAAAAUUAGUGA